CGCGAUGGUUUGGGGGGAAGCGUGUUCGCCUCGCGAGGUAGGAGGCGUUUGGUCGAGAGCACCUUGCCCCGGGGUGUCCUCGCCCCUGAGCGUAGAUCCCACCUCUCACGAGGCAGGAGGUUAUGGGCCUGGGCGAGGAACUUGGGGGUACUGGAUCGAGGCGUGGCGGGUAUGCGGAAGGAAGAGAACGCGAUGUGGAGCCGAGGGUGCGUUGGGGAAUGGGGAGGGCAAAAUUCGUGAGGCCGCAAUCCAGAAGUCGCUUCUUCAGUAAUCACACGGUUCUUCCCCUCGAGAGGUGUUGUGGGCUAUGAAGGAAUGCUUGGGAUGUUUGCCAGCGUACUCGACGUCGAUUGGUCUUGUGACACCUCUGGAUUCAACGGAUCAUGUGAGCUUGAGAAAUAUAUGCAUAAAAACCGCUUGCAAGAGUUUUGUGUGCAAACACACAAGAAGCUGCCGAUCUACAAGGUUGAGCUUGAGGGCGAGUAUCAUCAACCUAAGUACAAAUGCACAGUGGAAGUGGAUGGUAAGCAGUUUUCAUCAACUGGUACUUUCAGUCGGAAGAAGGAAGCAGAGCAAGAUGCUGCAAGACUGGCUUAUGAGAUCUUGGCAACAAUUGGAGAGGGUGAUAUUAAAGAGGUGUUUGGGCUGCUUGAUCAGGAUGCGGUGUUCUGCAAAUCAAUUCUUUAUGAAUUUGCUGUCAAGACAAAAACCACUUGGCCCUCUUACUCUGUGUUUCGCAUCGAAAAGCCCUUCACCAUGUUUGUUGCAUCUGUGGUGUUUAAUGGGAAUACCUAUACUGGUGAAGCUGCAUCCAACAAGAAGGACGCAGAGCAGAAUGCAGCUCGUGCUGCGAUCAAGUCAAUCUUAGGUAACUCUUGUAUGAUUGGAAUUGUUAGGUCAAAGAAGCAACUCAUCACUGCCAUCAAAUCUUCUGGAAGCACCCCAACUACUUUUACUCCUAUAAAGUUUACACGCCCUGUUGCAUAUGCAGCAUAUGGCGGACCAGAUCAUGUAGCACCUGUGUCACAAGAUGAAUCUUCCUCAUUAGGUGUUCAAGGACACAGCAUUGUACCAGCAGUUGGCACAUCUGCCACCCCAUCUGCAAAAGCUGUAACUAGUUCAAAGAACAGAGUUGGAGGAGCAGAGGCCAAUGAAACAAUGGUUGCCAAGGAGCAUUAACUUCUCACCC